GCUCCACCGCUACAGUAACCAUAGCAACCCGUGCGGUUUGUCUCCACGCCGCCUCGCUGUUCUCCAGCGUUCAUGGCCGACGCGAGAAAUAGUUCCGGAAACAAGUGAAGCAAACGCAGUGGGUGAAGGAUGGAGGGAAAGCAGAGCAGCGGCAGCAGCGAGCAGAGGCUGCAGGCAGCUGCCAUGUUAAAGACCGUCAUGUUGAAACAGAGCACGAGGAGCGGCCUGAACCUCUAUGACCACCUGACCCAGUUACUAAUAAAGGUGAUGGAUGAGCAGCCACAGGAUGUGGUGGACGUGAUCGAGGAUAUAAGUCAUGACGUGAAGCGGGCUUUGUUUGAAGACAAGCAAAGCACCCUUCGAGACCUUCCACGGACUACAGCUGCUGAGCUGCUGGCAGAACAGCAACGUCCACUGUUUUCUCGGCCAGAGGACGCUGAGCAGGAGGAUGAGCUGGAGGAAACACCUCUUCCUAAUGUGAAUGAGAUCGGCUUCUACAUGGAGCAGGCUGGAGUGGGUCUGGGCAGAGAGGAGAUGCAGAGGGUGUUUCUCGCGCUCAAGCAGCUUGUUGAGUCGCAGGAGCUCCUGCGCUGCCGACUAUGGGGAAAGAUUCUGGGAAUAGAGUGUAACUAUAUUGUUGCUGAAGCUGAGUGCAGAGAGAGGGAGGAGGAGGAAGAGCAGAUCUCUGACGAAGCAGCUGAGGAAGAGGAGAGAGAGGCAGAGACUCAGGAGAGUGACGAGAAUGAGAUAGAUCUUCUUCCUCAGUCGACGUAUAAACCUCCACCAGUGGUUCCAAAGGAGCCCAUAGGAACAGGCGCUAACAAGUUUGUUUACUAUGUGUGUAAAGAGCCUGGUCUUCCUUGGGUAAAGCUGCCUUCAGUCAGUCCUGCGCAGAUCACUGUUGCUCGCCAGAUCCGUAAAUUCUUCACAGGGAAGCUUGAUGCACCGGUUAACAGCUACCCGCCUUUUCCUGGGAAUGAAGCCAACUACCUGAGAGCACAGAUUGCUCGGAUCUCUGCUGGCACACAGGUCAGCCCCCAGGGCUUCUUCCAGACUGGGGAGGAAGAAGGUGAUGAGGAAGAUGAGGCACCACGAGACAGCUAUGAAGUGAAUUCUGAUUUUGAAGGCGUUCCAGUUGCUGAAAUGGCCGAGUCUCUGUCCACCUGGGUGCAUCAUGUCCAGCACAUCCUGCCGCAGGGCCGUUGUACUUGGAUGAACAUGGCUGUGAACCCAGAGGACUUGAAUGAGGAAGGAGAGGCUGAGGAGACAGAAGAGGAGCCUGAUGAACCUGAGCCAGAAGUUGGGCCCCCUCUGCUCACUCCCCUUUCCAAAGAUGAAGAAAUGUUCAACACCCCUCCCUGGACCUCCAGGAUGUCCUCCACUCUCACCCCUCAGCAUGCAAUAGCUGUGCUGCGUUCUAAUCUCUGGCCGGGGGCGUUUGCGUAUGCUUGUGCAAAGAAGUUUGAGAACAUAUAUGUUGGAUGGGGUCUGAAGUAUGCAGGGGAAGGGUACAGCCCACUUGUCCCACCACAACCGCAGAGAGAAUAUCCCAGCGAUCCAGAAAUCACAGAGGCACUGGACCCAUCACUGGAGGAGGAACAGGUGCUGAGAGAAGCUUUGGAAGAGCAGCAAGCUGCCCAGGAGGAGUUGGAGGACACUGAUGAAGAGGAUGAAGAUGAUGACUGAGAAAAGUUACAAAUUUUUUCCAAGUUUGACCUUUCAGGUAUUUUAUUGUUGGAAUUAAAUUUGACCAAAAUUUGGCAUUUAAGUUACUUCUGGAGAUGAUUGAUCCUGUUAUUUUAUUGAACAACAAGUGCAGUUAAUUUGAACCACAGUAAAAUGUAACACAAUAAUGGGGGUUUGUUUGUGCAGUUAUGUAUUUAGCAUUAGGUAUGUAGAUACAAAUUAUGCCUUAUAAAAGUUUAUUGUCCAAAAUAGAUUUCCAUUUUGUCCUAAUGCAAGUACUAAACAUUGCAAAUUGCAAUCACAAUGAAGUUGGAUGUAAGUAAAAACAAAUCAGGAAGGACA